AUGGCCGUAUGUACAGAUGAGAUGCACCAUAGCAACACCAGCGGGUCGAUCCGGCUAACACUGCUGCACCACCAAUAUCAGUGCCUGGAUGACCUUGGUUGCUCGAGGAAUGGCUCCACGUCGGCGCAAGGCCAGGCACCGCAGCUCGCGUCAAGUCUCUUCUUCCGCCGUCGACGCCCGCCGCCAAGGAAUGUCUGGGCGCCCGUCACCAGCGCCGGUCCUUUCUACGGCUUCGUCGCCCAGAUCAGCCUCGGUACGCCGCUGACGAAGCACAGCGUCCUCUUCGACACCGGCUCCUCCUUCUCGUGGGUGCAGUGCAGGCCCUGCGGAAUUACAUCCGGCUGCUACAGCCAGAACGGCCCCCUGUUCGACAGCGCUGCGUCCUCCACAUACCGAAGAUUGCCGUGCUCAUCGCCAUCCUGCCUGUAG